CUUUUUAGCAGAAGCACCGAGUUGUUUGAUGAUACUUUCAUUGUCUAGGAUGUGGCAGUCCCACUAGGCAUAGAGGUGCGUUGAUUGUCUCCUCUCUGAAAGUAUCUUGAUCUUGACUCCCACCACAGACCUGCACUUUGCUGGUGUUUGUUUAACAUUCCCCCCCCCCUUUCCUACGGUACAUUGUGUGUGUACCGUGGUGACAAGGUGAGAGCCUGCUUGUAAUGGAUGUUUCUGAGUCGUCUGCUCCAUCAUGUUGGCACGGAAAUCUUCGUCUUAUGGAUUAUAGACCUGCUUCUUCACUUUAUAAUCCGCUCCGACAAGGACAUAACUGUGUGCGGACUUGGUUCAUUGGUUUGGGACACUGAAGAGUUCAUUGAACGGAGUUCUAAGUUCUAGGUUUCUACAGUUUUGUUUGACGCGUUCGCGAUUCUUGCCUAAUAAAAGAUAACGUUGUUGCUUGUUGUUUGAAUGACUGGACUUUGGGUAUUAUCUGGCUUUGAUAGAACUAAUUAGUUUAGGCAAGCGUCGACCUGUUGGACGUAUAUAUAGGGCGUUCACUCGUAUUCAUGUGAGCAUUCUAAUUAACUCUACGUGGCGAUAAGCUUUCUUUGAUUGUUUUCUAAUUGACGCAGUCGCACUGUGAUUUGUCUUAUCUUGAAUAACCGCGUUUCUUUGCGACAUAACGUAAUAACUUAAACAAAUUGAAGCCGAUAAAAAAAUGAUGCACUAAACUUUUUUACAAACACAAUAACGAAAUAAUUUUAUUUUGAUAUUAAUUAUCAAUUAAUUAUCGAUGAUGGGUGAUAGGAGAAAGACGCUAAACAAUCCGAGGGGAGCUAAUCAAGGCGUGAAUACAAGACUCUUAGUUGUGUCUGGCAAUGUUCAAGAUUGGAUAUACGUCGAUAACAGACACCAGCGCAGAGCCAGGUUAGUUCUUUGUCCUCGCCCACUGAGGUCACUGAAUGGUUGUGUGAGGGGCGGUCAGUAUAUGGUCGUCGGACAAUCACGGACAGCCACCACCGGGAGAUACCGCCCUCCAGAUUCCAGUAACAGAACGGCAAUAAUGCCAAAGACUGAACAAGAACAUUGGGCGGUGGAUAAAGGCGGGGGAGGCAGGCCCGUAGCGCACGUGAGAAGUGUGUCAUGUCCUGUUGAGACAGUGGACGGUGUCCGUGAUCAACAGUUUGUUUCCAAUGUUUGGCAUCUAGGUAACCGUUAUUUCACUAGCCGACCUUACUUCAUGAACAAGGGCGUCUUUGAUCUGUCCACGCAGCAUCUGUACCGCCUGUUCCUCGUGCCUUCCACAUCAAUGAACCCUUUGAACUCAUCAAUCGCUUCUCACCAGACACCACGACAACCAUUUCAUUGUCAUUCUACUACAAUGGCUGGAGUUAAGAAUGUGGCGCCACUCAGUGGAUUCCAAGAAACUGAUUUAGAUCAGGAUGUACAGAUUGAAACUAGCCCAUCUGGCAAGUGGACACAGCAGUCCCCAUCUAGGAUACAGCGACCACUGGAGAGCCCUGGAUACAAGCUGGAACCAUACCUUUCAGAACCCCACAGUGGUUCUCAUCAUAUUUCUUAUGAUCAGGAUAAUAUGCCCAACACCAGAAUGUUGUUGAAACAGGCAUGUAGCCCAUGUCAGGAUAUUAUUGUUGAAACACCAGAUGACUGUGAUGAGGUGUUCUGGCCAACACCUCUGACACAAAGUAGUUCUAAAGGUGCAGCACUCAGCUUUGGACGAAGAAGUCAAAACAGUUUGAGAAGGACUAGUGAAUGUUUGACGCUAGAAGCUUCUGAAAUGAUUGUGAUUGACUAUCCAGAUGCUGCAACCUUGAAGUCUAGUAAUUCUAAGGCUGUUGUUUCUGCAUCUCACAUAGAACUGCUUUUGAAUGAUGGGAGGCCAAAUGACAGUCGACCAAUGAGGAGGAUGAACUCUGACAGUGUUAUUGAAGGGCAUUUACCAGAAGACUUGAUGCGCCAUGGCCAUCCCAUACUUGGUGUGGGUGAAAGCUUUGGGGGUUUGGACAACCCUGGAAAUAAACGUUCUUCCAGAGCCAGUGACACUUCCAGUGCUUACUCAGGAUCAGAUUUGAUGCACACAUCACUGGAUGAUGCUGAUGUUCAUGAUAUUGAUCUGAGUGGAAUGGGAGAAAGUUUAGUUGAUUCUGACGAUGAAGAAGGCUAUGCAGAUUCAGCAGAGUCAUUUUCUAUACGAGAUGCCGAGAGAGAUUGUUUGGAGAAAGAGCCGUCACAAAGAACUGAAGAAGAUAUUCAAAUACUUUUAAAUUUUACACAGCAUUUAAAAGCAUUUUCUAAUAUGACUGAACACACUCGCCGACUUUUGUGUGAAGUAAUGGUGUUUGCCAUUGUACCCCUGGAGGGAACUAUUGUGAUGAAAGAUGGCGAAGAGCUGGACUCUUGGUCUGUUAUACUUAAUGGUGAGGUGGAGAUAACACGCCCCAAUGGAACGAAAGAAAGACUUCAAAUGGGGGACAGUUUUGGCAUCAGUCCUACAAUGGAGAAGUUAUAUCAUCAAGGAGUUAUGAAAACUGUUGUUAAUGAUUGUCAGUUUGUUUGUAUAGCGCAGUCCAGUUUUUAUAGGAUCUUACAUCAGGGAGAGGAAAAUAUCAAGAAGCACGAGGAGAAAGGCAAAGUGGUGAUGGUAACAGAACAUAGAGAAUUAGAUGGAGGGAAUAGAAAAGGUCAUGUAGUCAUUAGGGGUACUCCUGAGAGGCUCAUGCAGCAUCUGGUUGAGAGCCAUUCCACUAUAGACCCAAACUAUGUGGAUGAUUUUCUUCUAACGUACAGAACAUUUUUAGACAGUCCAUUAGAACUGGUGAAAAAUUUGUUGGAGUGGUUCAAAAAUGAUGAACUCAAAACAAAUGUAACCAGGGUUGUUCUUCUUUGGGUCAAUAAUCACUUUAAUGAUUUUGAGACCAAUCCUGACAUGUGUGAUUUUUUAGAACAUUUUGAAUGUUUGUUGGAGAGAGAGUCAGAAAAUGAUUUUGAGAAGAUGAUGGGUCAGCUGAGCUUGCUCAACAUGGCCUGUGCUGCCAAGGCUCGCCUAAGAACUGUAACCCUGACCAGGGCCACCAGGGAGGAGAUGUUACACUUUUCAAUACUGGGUGGCUUGGAGAGGGGCUUUGGAAUAUUUGUCACAAAAGUCACACCAGGGUCAAAAGCUGCUGAAGCAGGAUUGAAAAGAGGUGAUCAGAUUCUUGAAGUGAAUGGCCACAAGUUUCAUCAGAUCUACUAUAAUAAAGCAUUGGAGAUACUGCGAGGAACCACACAUCUCUCUAUUACUGUCAAAUCUAAUUUACAAGAUUUCAAGAACAUGUUGAGGUCUUCAGACAAGGAUGGCAAGACUACACCCAACACACCCAGAAAAGUCAAACGAGAAGAUGGCAGUAUACCCAAUCCUAAACAGAGAUUAUCAGUACCUGACCUAGAUUCAACAGCUCCCAUUUUUACAACUGAGCCAAGGGAUAUAAAAAAGAAUGAGAAACGUUCUGGAAUAUUUGGUUCCAAUUCCAAGUUACGCAAAGCUUUAACCCAUUUUAACUUCAUGCCAAAGAAUAUCAAUGGGCGUGACACAGCCUCCAUUAAUCACUCUGAUGAAAGUCUUUAUUCCAAGCCAUCCAGAAAAUCUUCAACAUCUUCCUCAUCGUCCAACACUGGUGUUACUCUGAGUAAUCACUUUAGUGCCAGCAAUCCAGACAUCACUUCCAUUGGGCUGAUUGUGGAUGACAGAAAUGACAUGCCGGAACAUGUUGUGAAAGUGUACAGAUCUGAUCAGUCUUUCAAGUACUUGUUGAUUCACAAGGAAACUACAGCAAAAGAGGUUGUGAUGUUGGCAUUGCAAGAAUUUGGAAUAACUGAUCCAAGUUGUAAUUAUUCUCUAAGAGAAGUCACAGUGGAAAUGGAGAAGUUUAUCAAAAGCAAACGUUUACCAGACACACUCAGUAAUUUGCCUGAAAGAUUGAAUCUAAAUGGGCGGCGGGCCCUCCCUCGUAUACUUAGGUAUUACCUGAAGAACAACUUGACGUCUGAGCCUCUGAUACCGGACGAGCUGAUUGGUCAACUUCUUGCGGAAAGUCUGAUCAGUUUGCUUCAACUAUACCCUCAUGAGGUGGCCUGGCAGCUGACCCUUAAUGACUAUCGUGUGUUCAGAGACAUAGAACCCACUGAAUAUAUUGAUGAUCUCUACGACAUUAAGUCCAAAUAUGGAUGUCAUCAACUUCAUAAAUUUGCUGAGCUUGUGAACAAAGAGAUGUUCUGGGUUAUCACAGAGAUCACCAAUGAAACUAAUCUAGUCAAGAGAACAAAACUACUCAAACAUUUCAUUAAAAUAGCUAAACACUGUAAGGAUUGUAAAAAUUUCAACUCGAUGUUUGCCAUUCUGAGUGGCCUAGGCCAUGGAGCAAUAUCUCGAUUAAAACAGACAUGGGAAAGGUUGCCUAGUAAAUAUUCAAAACUUUUUGAGGAUCUACAGUCUUUUAUGGAUCCAUCUCGCAACAUGGCCAAGUAUCGUAAUCUCAUUAACAGUGAACAUGUUUCACCGCCAUAUAUUCCAUUUUAUCCAAUAUUUAAGAAAGAUCUAUAUUUCAUACAUCUGGGGAAUGAUGCAACUGUUGACAGUCUCAUUAACUUUGAAAAAUUACGCAUGAUAGCAAAAGAAAUCCGCCACAUGUGCAAUAUAUGUUCUACUAAAUAUGAUUCUAACAACAUGUUUCUAAGCACAGAUAGUAGUUUCCAAAGUGCGUUAGUCUCAGGUAUGACCACAUUGAAGAGAACCAAAAACAGGCGAGGCUCAGCUCUUCCCAAUUCCAAGAAAAUGUAUGAAGAGGCUCAGAUGACCCGUCGGGUUAAAUCUUAUUUAAGCAAUAUGCCAAGUAAUUCAGAUGAAGAUAAGUUAGCUGAAAUGUCCAAUUUGUGUGAGCCAUCAGUGAAAAGACGAGAUCCAUCUCCUAGUGUAAAUAACUCUCCCAAUAUGGAUGAGAGGAGAGUCAUGUCAGCUGCAGGUCCCAAAUUUGGUGCUGAGUCGCCAGGUGCAGUGAGAAAACUGAUGGCGCUCUCUGACAAAGUGAAACCCCACAAUCCUAAAAUCCCUGUAGGCAAAGUGACAGUGAGCCCUGUCUCAAACAGGAGGGGUCCAGGUCCCACCUCGCCACGAAUAGGGCUUCCCAGGCCGGUUCCAGUGAACUUGACACCCGAGAGUACAUGCCUCGGAGCAGGCCCUCGUAAACAGCCUGUCAGGACUGGUUCUGUAGGCUCAACAGACUCAUCCAGUCCUACUAGCAGUGUUCAUAGCUUUAAGAGUCAGCUGGCAUCUGAGAAUGAUUCUGGCCGUGGGAGCAUUUGUUCUAAUGUUUCCCCCAUACAAGUCAGGAGGUUUACCACCCCAACUGGCCCAGUGUACGCUGGUACUUAUAGCCCUGGUCCUGUCCAGCACAUUAGACCACCCCUACCCUCAUACAACACAGUCAAACGUAUUUCAGGCCCAGCAGUUCCAAAUAACAAUCCUGCUCCCCCUGUAAGUCGGCGGCCACCAUUGCCUGACUAUGAGGCAGCCACCAUAAUGGCCAGAAGGCAGCAGCAGCAACAGUUGCGGUCUUACUCACAAAGCAAUGUUUAUGUUGGAGUCGGUCAUGGUCCAGUGACUAGUGACAGUGACUAUGAUGUCCCACCCAUUGAAGGUGAAGAGGAGCAAGUCUCAGCUGUGUGAUUCAAUUUGUCUCUAUCUCAACUAUCAGUCUAUAUAAUCAUGUUGGAUAAACAUUUGGUUUAUCUGGUAUUAUUGACAAUUUCUGACAAUCUCUUUCAAUCGAAUGUGUGCUUGUGGUAUUUCAUUGUACAGGAUAGAAACUCCACUGGUGCUACACACUGUAUUUGGAUUCUAUGUCUCCUGCAACUGUUUGGAGAUUGUGUCUUCAGCUACUGUUCAGGGGAAUGUUUCUGCCACUUUUUGCUGAAUGCGUCUUUUAGGAUAUUGUUCUCCACUAGUCAUAAGACAGCUUGAACUCAGCACACUAAGUGCACCAUUUUAUUGUUAUAAAUAAGAUGAACAUAAUGCUUAUUAAACAAGGACUAAAUAGUGUCUCUCUAUCCACCUCAAAACUUGGCUAUGACGGAGUAGCUGGAGUGAAAAGUGCACCAAGGAAAUGAAGAAUUUAUUUAGACUCAUUUCUUGGUUGUUUAAGAAAAACCUUGGAUUGUUUCAAACUUGAUUGGUCAUUUAGAAAUUAAAAGCCUCCAAUAUUUGUUUAUUUUAAAUAACUCAUGUGAAUCACUCCAGAGCUGUUUUGAGCAAAAGUAUUAAAGCUUUAUUUCAUUGUUGUUGUUUUUUUUUUUCAAAUUACGUUUUUAAAUUUAAAUCAGCACUGAAAUAUUUUCACCAUAGUCCUUAUUCAUGUACAGAACCCUUGUUGAUCUACUUUAAAUUAUACCACUUAGCUUUUUUUCCCCAUCUUCCUCACUCUCAUGCUCAUAAAGAACCAUCUUUUUAUCAUCUGCUGGUAAAUCAAAAGGCCACAUCUCCUUCAGUCAUUUAAUCCAGUGCUUCCUUGUAAUUACCCUUGUGGUGCAUUUCCUUUGCUACUACAGUAGUUCAACUGUGAUAUCUACAAUGGUUCUCCACUAGACCACUAGCUUUUCAUCUUUUUUUUUUUGUUUCAUCAUGAAAACAAUGUAUCACAAUUGACAUUUUUAAAAUUGUUCCAUUUUUCACAUUUAUUAGUCUGUUGCUGAAUUAAAUUGAUAUACAGAUAACAUUACAAAACUCAAAAGAGCUAAAAAAAAAAAAAAAAAAAAAAAAAAAAAAAGGCUAAACUAGGAUAACAUUUACUGCUGCUGUGAAUUAUGUUGAAAUAAUUUUUUUUUAAGUUACUAAAUAAAAGAAAAGUGUUGUCCAUCUUUUGAACCAAGUGCUAAUGGAGAGAUCAUGAAGGCCAUGGGGUUGUGUGGCCAACACAACAACUGGUAUUCUUUACUUUAACCUAUUAUUACCAGUUAGUUCUUUGAAAACUGGAUGAACUUCAGGACUUAUGUUCAGUCUCAAGUUUUUAAAAAUCCUGACCUCUGCCAAGACUCUAAACCCGUCCCUUGUUUGACUUUGUGAAUUGAAUUUGUACUUAAUACUGGCACUAGACAAUACCUCUGUAUGAUGUGGUAAUGUAUUACUUCAUCCAUUGGCGGUAGCUGAACACAUUAACUAAUGUUUUUGUAGCAUUUGAAUAUAUGUACAUAUUUGUAGUUGAUACCUUUAGUUUGUGUGUCUGAUCUGUUGUGUACAUACAAGUGGCAUAGUUGUUGUUUUUAUAGGAAUUAACAUGUGACCUUGUCUCUGAAACUGGAGCUGAGAAACAAAGCAUGUUCAGGAUACUCAUUAUUAUUAUUAUUUCCUUUUUUUUUAAUUUUAGCUUUGACAAUAGAAAAGUUUGUUUCUGACAAAUGAAAACAAUUGUAUUUAAUUUAUCACUGCUCAUUUGACACCAAUGUCAUUGGUAUGUUACUGCAUUCAUUAUCAAGUUAUAAAAUCUAAUGAAGAUUUUAAUGUAAACAUAUCAAGAAUUUCAAAGACUUCACAGCAACAUCUGCCAGACACACAUUCAUGCACAUUUAGUCCCUUUCCAAUACAAAAGUAAGAGGAAAUAGUAAUUUGCUUGUUUUGAUACCAUACUAAACAGGAGUUACAAAACAAUGGCUUGAAAUUGAUAUUAGUGUUAAUUGCAAGGUACAUGCCUAAACUGUACAAUGGAAUGAUGAAUGAAAUGCUCAAACUUGAAACAAAAUGAUCCCAAAGUUAGUCUUGAACUAUAUUUGGCUUGUGUGGUUGCUUUUUGUUUUAUUGAUUAUCAUUAUACAAAAUUAAUAAUGUUCUAAUUUUAUAUCUCCACCAAGCUGUUAGUGAAUUAUUAUUGGACAAAUAAUUUUGUCAAAUUCAGCAUUUAAUUUAUAUAUUCUAAAAAGUAAGUUUGCAAUUUUCUAGUCCUUCCUAUUGAUGUUAUUAUCAGUAAUAGUUACUGAUUGUGCGCGCACACACACACACACAGUGACAGACAUAUCAGUAUAAUUUAAAAUGUAAUGUUUAAAAUUGUUUAUACUAGAAAAAGCAAAGCUAAUUAAGAUCCUAGUACUCCGUAUAUCAUGUCUUGGUUCUACAUAAUUCUAGUUCUUCAUAUGACAUGUCAUGUAAUAAAACACAUUUUUAAAAUUA